AUGUUCCGUCUUUUCUCUCUCGCGGCGCUGAUCGCUGUCUUCAUCUCCUCCGCCCUGGCCGUGCGUUUCCCCGGCCGCUCGGCUCUUCUCCACAAGCGUGAGGACAUUGCUCCCGGCAGCCCUCUGUAUGAGUGCCAUUUGGACUGUGGCGAGGUUAUCCUCAUGUCCGAGGACUCCGGAUAUUGCGACAACUCCAACUUCACCACCUACCUGACCGGCUGCCUUGACUGCGCCGUCUCUGAGGGUAUCUGGCAGUACUACGGCUCCGAGGUCAAGGCUGCUGCCGAGGCCUGCGGUGACGAUGACACGCCCGUUUCCUCCUCCGCCGCUGCCUCCGCCACUGCCACUGCCACCGGCACUGCUGCCACUGCUGCCACUGCCACCGCUACCGGUGCCUCCACUGCCACUGCUUCCGGCGCCUCCGCUUCUUCCACCUCUACCUCCACCAGCGGCGCUUCUGGCCUCAAGCAGAAUGCCGUCCUGGUUGCCCUGACGGGAGCCUUCGUGUGGGCUCUGUCCGCAUAA